AUGUUUUGGCUACAGACUUUGGCCAAGGCUGCCAUCUUGCUCUCUGCAAUCAGCUCAUCUUUAGCCGCUGGACAGUGUAAGACGUCGACACCUGACAGACCUCGCGUGUUCCUCCUCAGCGACAUCGCCAACGAGCCCGACGACGCCCAGUCCCUCGUGAGACUACUCGUCUACGCAAAUGAGCUCCACAUUGAAGGCCUUGUGGCUACAACCAGCGUCUGGCUCAAUGACACGACACGCCCAGACCAGAUGCAUGACAUUGUCAACGCCUACGAGGAGGUGCUUCCUAAUCUGAAGAAACAUUCGACCGGAUGGCCCGAGGCCAAAUACCUCAGAGAUCUUAUUGCAUCUGGUCGGCCUGUCUACGGUAUGGAUGGUGUUGGGGAAGAAAAGGAUAGCGAGGGAUCACAGAUGCUAGUGAAGACAGUUGAUGCCUCGGAUGAGCCUCUCUGGGUGCCAAUAUGGGGUGGCGCCUCCGUUCUCGCACAGGCUCUGUGGCAUGUAAAUGCCACAAGAUCGGAACCCGAAAUUAAAAAGUUUGUCUCAAAGCUGCGGGCGUACAGCAUCUCCGACCAAGACAACACCGGGUCCUGGAUCCGCCGCAACUUUCCACAGCUCUUCUUCAUCGCCAGCAUCCAUCACUUCAAUCGCUACGCACUGGCUGCUUGGGGAGGAAUCUCAGGCGAGGAAUACUACAAUUUCCCCAGCCUGGCGAGUCGGGAUGUUGUAUCUCCUGAAUGGAUCAAACAGAAUGUCCAGAGCGUAAGUCCCCUGGGUGCGAAGUACCCAGAUGCCGACUUCAUUGUUGAGGGAGACACGCCUUCACUUCUUUACCUCAUUCCCAACGGCCUCUCGGACCCUGAACACCCGGAAUGGGGCUCUUGGGGCGGUCGGUACGGCCCGGUCACCUAUGGUGAGGGCCACUUUGCUGACAGUAUUGAUGUCAUCAAACAUUCGGGAAAGACCAUCAUGAGCUCUCAGGCUACAGUUUGGAGGUGGCGAGAGGCAUUUCAGAACGAUUUUGCCGCGCGGAUGAAAUGGUCUGGCAGUUCCGAGUUUGGCGAGGCACAGCACGCUCCCGUCGCUGUUGUCAACGGGGACAAAUCGCGGAGAGUUAUCAAGAUGGUUGUCAAAGAGGGACAGGAAAUUGGACUGGACGCAAGGGAAUCGUGUGACCCCGAUGGAGGGGAAUUGACUUACAAGUGGUGGCAAUACCUGGAACCUUCUUCGAACAACAACAGCCCUGGGCGAGAUGUCGGUAAACUGGAGCUAAGUGAUAUUGACUCGCCUAUCAUUACAGUCACAAUGCCGUCUAAGAAGGUCCUCCGAGCCGCCGGGCGCAACCGCCACCCGAACGACGACAAGCAUUUGCAUCUCAUCCUGGAGGUCUCUGAUGGAACCCUGGUUUCAUACCGCAGGGUAGUCUUUACAAUCCCUGGGCCUAAGGAGGAUGAAGGUGCCUCCAAAAAGACGGGCGCUCAUGAUGAAUUGUAA